CAGCAUGGUGGCGGUGUCAUAUGAACACACACAGAUUCACACGGGCUAAACUUAGCUCUGCUACACAGGAGGACACACAACGCUCCCAAAAACACACUGCACUGAGUUUUACUGCAAAGUUUAAUCCUGUAAAGUGGAGAAAAUAACCUGACUCAGGACUUCGACUUGUUUAGACGAUUUACUCUGAGGACAUGAAGACGUCACUCUGACUGAGGAGGAAAUGUCACUGCUCAAACAUUUUAAUGCUCCACAUCUCGGAUCUUUUCAUAUAUGAAUCGAUUUUAAAGCCAUUGUGAAAAUGUCACCGCAGGUCCGAUCACUAUGGUCUCUUUGCUUCAUUUUGAUGUUUGCACGGUGGUGUGAUGGUAGCUGUGCUGAGGUGGACUCCAUGACUGAGGCGGUGGUUGGAGAGGGCUUCCUGUUGGGUUGUAUCUCCUGUAAGAGGAGGGCGGAAGUCAUUGGCGCUGCUACUGUGGACUGGCACUUUAAACCCACCGGAGGAGACGAGUUCUUCCAUAUCUUCCAUUAUGAUUACCCGACCUCCACCAUCCUGCAUGAGGACUUCAAGUCUCGACUCGAGUGGAGUGGAACUAAAGGAACGGCGGAUCUCCAGAUCGGAGCCAUUUACAUCCGAAACGUCACUUUUAAUGACACUGGCACUUACACGUGCACGUUUGAGCGCACACUCUUCCUCCCGCUUCAUAACGAACACGUGAUCAUCAAAAAAACAGUGGAGCUCAACGUCCUGGCAGAAGCCAGUCGCGAGUUGACGGCGGUGAUUUCAGAGAUCAUGAUGUACGUCAUCAUCGUUUUUCUGCAGCUCUGGCUGAUCGGUGUGCUGAUUUACUGCUACAAAAAAAUUUAUGCUGAAAAUGAAGAUCGCGAGGCAAGAAAAGCUCUGCGUGCAAAAAACAAACUAAUUAAAGACUCGAAGGACACUUGUGAUGGAGUUCACUUGGAGUAGCUGCAGCGCAAUACGGAAUUCUGGGCGUUUUGCUGCUUGCAAGAAGAAUUAUCUUUAAAGUCUUAAGCAUCAAUAAAGAGUUUAUUUAUAUUUAUAUCUAGUUGCUUUACUUCUAAUUUGUAAGUGAACUUGUUUAUUUUAAUGCUAGUUUGUAAAUUAGUCUAUCGACCUUAAUGCUAGUUUGUAAAUCUAUUUAGUCUCUGGUUAAAAGUUACUUUAGUUAGUCUGUGCACUUUAUCAAUAGUUUGUACAUUUGCGUCUUUGAAGUUACGCUAGUUUUUAAGUUAGCCUUUUAUCCGUAAUGCUAGUUUUCAGUUUUGUUUACUUAUUGACAUGUGUGUUUGUAUGUUAGCAUAUUUACUGUUAUCAGGUAUCUAGUCCAUUUAGACAUGUGAUAAUUUGUAUGCUGUUAUAAUUAUUUUAGUGCACAGGCAAAUUAAUUGAACCUACAUUAUUGAGUGUACAUUACUUGAGUUUCACUCAGAAGGACUGCAGGAAAGUUAGCUGUGUUCUAUGUAGCAUGUAGCUCAGCAUCAGCUGAUUAUAAUUUACUGCUUUUCUGCAUAUUGCGACUAAAUCACCACUUUAUUCACCUUAUCUGUGACGAACUGAAUAAAUAAAUGUGUUUCUCAGACAAUAAUAAACACUGCAGAAAUGUUAGAAA